CACACAUACACGGGCAUCUCGCUGUGUUAAAAUCGACGACAGUGUGAGGCGCGCGCGUGCGUGUGUGUGUGUGCGUGUGUGUGUGUGCUGUUAUCGUCGUGUUUGACCGCGCACCUAAGCGAGUGAACGCCAGCCUUUACUUCCCAGUCAGAUAAAAGGGGGACAGAGACAACCCGGUGGCGCACCAGAUCAGAUUACAUCAUUUUCAGUUUGCAAAGGAGGGCCCUGCUCUUUGUCAUAGGCAAUCCACUUGCAAACGUGCAUAUGCGGUACAGUACGACUACGAAAGUGCGCGACGCUGAGUCAGCCUCUGGUACACCACAUCUCAUGCUACACACCUAUGAACCUACUAUACCUAACGCCACCUACCGGAUAUGUCAACCUGCUGGCUGCUCCUGCUGCUCCCAGCUUAUCCCAGCAGUCUGCGCUGGUGAAUUUGGUCUAAGGCUAAGUAAAGUAUGGUGUUCGCCCGAGGGGCGAUGCAGUGUUGGUUGCCUACGUACAGGGAUGGUGUAGCACAAAUUGCCUAUCUUUCAGGUGGCUCACUAGAGGCCACAGGGCGCGAUCCCCCCCCACCCCCACCCCCCCACUGUGGGUGGGUGUCUUGUUGCUUUGACGAAAUAGGGUAGGCUAUUUCGUCCAAGUAUCGGGCGUGCCUUGGUCUGUUUGUAAGUUACAUGAUACAGAUCGAGAUUUGGAUCAGGGCGCACUAUUUUCUCAUACUAGUACUAGCGGACGCAGACACCGGAGGCGCCAUGAUGGCUGUGAUUGGUCGAAAUCUCCAGUCUCUUGUUGUCAGCUGCUGAGGUGUUCGGUGUUCGGAACUGUUUACUUCACCGACCCCAGACCACACUGUCGCAGCCCACACGCUGUCUAGCUCCGUCCGACCGAGUGCCAUCGAUUCAACGCCAAAGAAUUGCCCAACUGAACGAGGGCAUGGAGGCGCUUCCGGACGACGCGCUGCUCGAGGUGAUGCAGUACCUGGACAUAGCGGACCUACUCGCCUGCCGCCUCGUGUGCCGCCGCCUCGGGUCCCUGGCGCUGCUCCCGGAGCUCUGGCGGCAUCACAGCAUCGAUAUCGACGACGUCUACCCUGACGACGGCGAAAUCCCCCGUUACAGCAUCUGUGCCGUGCUGCGGUUGGCGCCGUGCCUGCGCUCGUGGCACGUCUGUCUCCCGGAGAAGUAUCACACGAUGUUCGCCACGACCAGGUGUGCCGUGAACAAGCUAACAUUGUGGAUGCGUCAGGUGGAUGGAAAAGGAGCACUGCAAGCAAGCCUCCUCAUCCGCAACCAGGAGGCGCUUGGACGGCUAAGGAGGCUUAGUUUGGGUCUGGGUAACGCUGUGGUGUACUACUGUGUUAAGGAUACCGCGGACGCCUACGAGCUGCUCGGGACGGUGGCGUCUACGUCCCGCCUAGAAGAGCUUAGUAUUACAGGAUUCCAGCGCUACCCACAAUCCACACUGGCCGGUCUUGACAGGUCCUUUCUCGGUGCGUCCCUGAAGAGCUUUGAGCACGAUCCGAGAAGGCCGGAUGCGGAGCCUUUUUGCCAGUUUAUUCUGUCCACGCACGCCUCCACCUUAGAGUCUAUUGAUCUCGAUGAACACGCCCAGACCUCGACGUCGACUGCAACUCUCCUGGCGGGAAUGCCGAACCUUCGUAGUCUGCGGUGUGGCAUGAUGCCCGGGCUGGAGGCCGUGGCCGGGUGCGAGCUGCUGCGGGACCUGGACCUCUGCGUGGCUUACGACGGCGAGGCCCGAGCCGCUGCCGAGUUUCUUCGCCGAGCCACCCAAUUGGUCAAGCUGACGCUCCGGUAUGAUGAAUCAAAGGCCACCAUGGUCCCGGCCCCUUCCCCUGACAUGGAUUUUUUGCUGGCCCUGGCCGCGACCGGGCGCUCCCACCUGGAGGAACUGGAAAUCUACGUGGAUAUUUGGGAGCACCACUACUUCCCUCAGCAGCAGGCUCUGCUCAAGGCGCUGCCCCGCCUGCCGGCGCUCAAGCUCCUGAAUGUGGAAGCCAGGACCGAAGACGAUAUCCUGCUCGGCAUCACGCCCGCCAACGCACCGUCCCUGCGCACCCUCCAGGUGUUCAGAAUGGACCUCGAGUGUUCGCACGACGCACUGCACCGAGACGCGGUGCAGAAAUGCCUCUCCUUGAACCCGGAGCUGAAGUUGAUCACCUAUGCGCCAAUCUAUUGCUACAGAGAUGAUCGUUGCGCGUGGUGUUUGCUGGGCUGCCACCAGGAGAUGCGGGAUGACUCGGACCCAGAACGUGUCGACUAUGUCACCAUUCCUCGGAUUUAAUAUUAUUGUAGAAUAAUUAAAAUAUUUUUCAUUCAAAUUUGUUAAUGAUUAAUUUUGAAAUAUCAGCUCCUUCUAUCUAUGUAAAAGUUGGGUGUCCAGCUAUUAUGUCCUAGAAAUUACCAAUUACAUUGUAG